AUGAAAUUACAUGUCGGCUGUGCGAGCUUUGUGGAUCCUUCUAAGAUCCGGACUCUGGUCGUCCCAGUCGGCAAAUGGAGACGUGAAGAGUUUCUUGGGGCAGUGGCUAAGCUGCAGAGAUUCAGCGAGAUCAGACUUCUGGAUAUCACUCCGAUAGAGAGCUCUUUGUUCACUCCUCAGGGGUUUCCAAGCGGCAGACUGUUCUUCACGUUUAGCAGUUCGGGAUACAACGACUCUUUGAACCUGUUUCUGUAUGAUUUUGAGCCAUUCAGGAAGAUCUUUGUGGUGAUUGGCCUGGUGAAUGAACACGGUGAUCUUGAGUCUGAUUUGGCAAAGCUGAAGGAGCGGUAUCCUACGGUAAUAUCGCACAACUUGAUCGUAGUAUCGAAAGACGCGAUCUCGACAGAAAACUCUAAUGUGUUCCACUGCGGUCCAAAGCUCGAGGACAAGCUAGAGACAACCCUAUGUGAUAUUGGUAAGAAUUUUCUGCUGGCAUUGAACCAUUAUUAUUCUUCCUACAAACAUGUCACACUGCGUUCGCCUGGGGCAAUCGGCGGGAAUGCUGUGUUGAAGACCUCUCUGACAAGACAGAUCGCAGCGUUGAAUGCCGCUACCGCGACUUCUGCGAAUGCUUCCAAGAGAUUGUCAUCGAUUGAAAUUGCAACGAAUGGUAUCAAACGAUCCGCGUCGCUGAAACUAGCCAAGUCUCUAACGACAACUGAGAAUAGAUCCCAGAAUCGGUCGAGGGGUAGGCAGCUCAAGAUUCUAGGCAACUUUCAAUUGCUGGCGGGAAGGUACACUGAUGCCCUCGCGAGCUUCGGCGAGGCAAUCACGCUGCUGCAUAAAGUACGAGAUCAUUUGUGGCUUGGAUCUGCACUUGACGGUAUUGCUAUCUGUUUUUUGCUCUUGUCUUAUCUACAGAUCUCCUUCCAAAUACCUUCCAUCAUCAACGUUCUUUGUCCACAUCAAGCAUCAAACGCUAUAUCGGAAACCGAUUCGCCUAGAAAUAGUGUCUCUCACACGCCAAUGAGAUCCCCUCGAGGAUCCUCCAGUUCUUUAUCAUCGGCAGCGGCUAUUGAUGUCGAAUCUGCCAAUCUGCCGAAACUUAUCAAGUCAAUUUCUGAGAAGAUAAUGUAUUAUUAUGAACUAAGUUUAUCGCAUACUAGUGAUUAUGCACCGCAAAUGGUUUAUUCGGAGAUUCUCCUGAAGACGUUGUCUUUCAUGGUAUGCUGUCGAUCAAGCGCUGGGUUAUCUUCAGAUGACUUGCGACUGAUUAUAGACGGCACAUUGCCUCAGCCAGCAAAGUUCGAUUGCUCAACUCUUGAGCCUGCAUUUACCAGCCACGAGGUCUAUUUCUUUGCCAAUAGACUUUUUGACCUACAACUGAAGGAAAUGGACGUUGAGUCCCAAUGUGAUAUAUACAUGCAUCUAGCGAAAGUAUACCGUUCGCUGGGAUUUGAAAGGAAAAGAGCCUUUGUGCUCCGACUGCUUCUAGUCGCAAUCGUGUCGAAUACUGAUGACAUACUCCUGACUCCGGAUUAUCGAGCACACCUGGAAAAUAUGGCCCAGCUGUACGGCAUAAAAAGUUCUUUAGCUUUGGAAGCUAUGGUAGACGAGCAGGGGGACAUCUCGUGGCUCAAUUUACAAAAGAGAUGCUUACAACUCUGUUUGGCAGUAGCAAGCAGAGCUAAAGAUAGAAAGCUAUCUGCGCAUUACUCAUUAUUACUCAUUGGAAGAUACACUCAUCUUCUGACACAAUCCGAGCAGGUUAAUCUGCUGAACAAUCAUAUUGAGCCACUGAUAUCAGAUGGUUGCAUUGACUCAUAUUGGGAUCCGUAUCUUUUGCGAGAUAUCAAGUUUGCACGAUUGGAAUAUACCGGUUCAGCUGUUGAUGGAGCGGAGUUCCCGGUCGAAAUGCAAAUGGCGCCCUUUGAGAAGCAGGACGGUGAAGUUACUGAAUUAGACACUCAUCAGGUCUUUAACCCGUUUAAGGCAGUACAAGCAGCUUCGAAGACAUCAGAUUCAAAUUCUGUUCAGGGUACUUUUCUAGUUGGAGAUAGAGCCAUGGUAUCAUGCAUGGUUCAAAACCCAUUUAAAUUUGAGAUUAGUAUCAAGGAACUGAAUUUUGACGCUGAAGCUGGUAAGCAUGUAGAACUGGACCAAAAUGACAUAACUUUGAAGACGCCUAUUUUUGUAUCACCUGAAUCGACAAGGCUAGUGAAUCUACCGGUGAAUUUCAAGGCUCCGACAGGGAGCGAGUUGCUGAGCAUCAGCUCCCUAAAGAUGUCUGUAAUGGGAUUGCCACCGAGAGCUUUUACUAUGGUUCCAUCGGAGACCGGCUUUUCAGACCAUCAAAAGCUCGAUGGAGACCAGACUCUUGGGAAUCGCGUCAAGAUUAAGAUAUUGCCACAACAACCAGAACUUCAAGUCUUGAGGACAGAAAACAUCACUGACAAUUCCUGGAUGAUGCUUCAUGGCACAAAGCAAAUAGUUUCCGUUGUUUUCAGAAACAAGUCUCUAAGCUGUUCCAUUGAUUAUCUGCAAUUUUCACAUUUGACCAAUAUCGAAAAGUCAUUCAAGACUGAUUACUGGAAAAAACUGCCGUAUGACGACUUGUAUGGUGUUGAGAAGCAGCUGGAAUGGCUCAAGAACUCGUGCAUCAAAAUUUUGGAAGCACCUACAAAAAUGGCCCCAAAUGAGGUUGCGAAGGUUAAAAUAGAGAUAGACGCUACGUCCGUUCCACUACAAUUUGACGGGUUCGAUGUAAUAGUGAACUACGGCAUGCAUGCAAGCAAAAAAUCCUACAUGUACAUGAAGACAUUGUGCCUACCCUACGAGGUGUCUCUGAAAAGAAGCAUAGAGGUACCUGGGAUAGAAAUCGUUCCUCUAAAUGAGCUGUUUGCACCUGAGAUGGAGACGGUGGAUUGGGUUGAGUUCGUGAUGAACAAAAGGCGUUCCGAGCAAAAUUUUCGAGUUGGCGACUACGUUCUGCUUUUGCUCGACAUAAGGAACUCCUGGAUCGACGGCGUGAGUCUUGACUUAUCAUUCCAGGAUUUCCGCAGCCACCAGCACCUGAUCGAAGCGGAGCAUACCACCAGAGUAGUGGUGCCGAUCAAGAAAAUUGAACACCAGCAUGUACCGUUCAGAGCCCGGCCCAUUCCAAGAGUCUUCAAUAACAGACAAUACAUUCAGAGUGGCCUCAGCGAAGAUCAGGAACGGGAAAUGAGAGAAAAGUUCUGGUGCAGGGAACAUAUCCUCUCGCACCUGCAAUGCCGAUGGCACCUUGCCAAGGAUUCUUCAAUUACUGGAGAAGUGGAUUUCCGACAAUUCCUGGACAAGCUCGACGACCUAAUGGUGAAGAACCUCUAUCUGGACCGAUCGCCCUACCUUGUGGACCUCGCACUUGAUAAAACUAACAUCACCAGAAACCAAUCUGUGCACGCAAGAGUUACAAUUACCCCAGCAGCUGCAAGACACGCAACCAGCGAGCCCUUGCUGCUUUCCUUCAUGAUAUUUGAUCAUCACACAUCCAAGGUUUUGCCAAGUAGCAGUCGAAGAAUCCUCUACAACGGAACCUUGACCAGGCACAUCGUGGCAGUUAAAGAGACCAAGCUCGCAUUGGAACUCAUACCGAUCGAGCCAGGAACCUACGAGAUAUGUGCCCUCAUAACCAACUCCAACGAGGAUCGUCCCAUGAGCCUAUCCAACCAAGAACCGGUAACUCUCUUAGUAACCUGA